UAUAAACAGAGAUUUAGGGUUUAUGGCGGCUCUCGAACUUUCUCUGCCGGGCAGCAAAACAUCUGCAGAGUCAGGGCAACUCACCUCCUUCAACCAUGGCCGUCGGCAAGAACAAGCGGAUUUCGAAGGGAAAGAAGGGAGGCAAGAAGAAAGCCACCGAUCCAUUUGCCAAGAAGGAUUGGUAUGAUAUCAAGGCUCCUUCAGUUUUCACUGUUAAGAAUGUUGGAAAGACUCUUGUUACGCGCACGCAGGGUACCAAGAUUGCAUCUGAAGGACUCAAACAUAGAGUCUUCGAGGUCUCGUUGGCUGAUCUUCAGGAUGAUGAGGAGCAUGCUUACAGGAAGAUUCGAUUGAGAGCAGAAGAUGUUCAAGGGAGGAAUGUCCUGACAAAUUUCUGGGGAAUGAACUUCACUACUGACAAAUUGAGGUCUUUAGUACGCAAGUGGCAUACUUUGAUUGAAGCUCAUGUGGAUGUCAAAACCACAGACAAUUACACCCUUCGAAUGUUUUGCAUUGGAUUCACUAAGAGAAGGCCAAACCAGGUGAAAAGAACCUGUUAUGCGCAAUCCAGCCAGAUCAGGCAGAUCCGCCGGAAAAUGAGAGAGAUCAUGGUAAACCAGGCGGCCUCUUGUGAUUUGAAGGAAUUGGUUCGCAAGUUCAUUCCAGAGUCAAUUGGCAAGGAGAUCGAAAAGGCAACAUCAAGUAUCUACCCUCUUCAAAAUGUGUUUAUCCGGAAAGUUAAAAUUUUGAAAGCUCCCAAAUUCGAUCUUGGGAAGUUAAUGGAGGUUCACGGCGACUACUCAGAAGACGUUGGCGUGAAGGUUGAGAGACCGGCCGACGAAGCGGCGGCAGAGGAGGCUACUGAAGUUGUUGGAGCUUGAGUUCAGUAAUGUUAAAUUUCAUUCCGAGUUGGUUUAAUCUGUUUUGUUUAUUUUUUUGCCCUCGUUUGCUACAAACUUAGUUUUAGCCCGCUUAUUGGUCUAGUGAGAAGAGUAGGUUUUGAGGAUCGCAAUUUUGUGCUAUUAGUCAAAGAAUGCCUUCAUUGAAUUAAUUUCACAAAUUGCACUUUUUUCCU